AUGGCGGAAAACUUGGCACGAAUUAUUGGUACAGAGGAAGAUCGCGUGAAUUGCCCUUUCUAUUGGAAGAUUGGCGCUUGUCGCCAUGGAGAUCAGUGCAGCCGCGCACAUUAUAAGCCUUCUGCGGCGCAGACACUCGUCAUCCGUCACAUGUAUCAGAAUCCGCCAGUUGCCAUUGCUAUUGCUGAGGGCCAGAUGAUUUCUGACGAACUACUGGACAAAGCUGCCGAUCACUUUGAGGAGUUUUAUGAGGAGGUUUUUUUGGAGCUAAUGAAGUAUGGAGAGAUUGAGGAUAUGGUGGUUUGUGAUAAUAUAGGUGAUCACAUUAUUGGGAAUGUGUACGUAAAAUAUCGCGAUGAAAAUAGCGCAGCUCAUGCGAUCUCCAUGUUGUCUGGCAGAUUUUACGGAGGGAAACCGAUUCAAUGCGAGUACACACCCGUCACAGAUUUCCGCGAAGCCCGCUGUCGCCAAUUUGUCGAGGGACAAUGUCGGCGUGGUGGCUAUUGUAACUUUAUGCACAUAAAACAUGUCCCGAGAUCGGUGCGUAGGAAAUUGAACGAGAGAAUGUACACCGAAUAUCCAGAAUACAAGAGGAGGUCUCCACGCCGUUCCGACGGAAGCGCAAGCCGCGAUAGACCCAGACGCCAGUCUAGUCAGGAGCGUCGCAACAUGAUAGAAAUGUGGAACAGGGAAAGGGAAGCCAGAGAGGCUGCCAAGUGA